UGUAGUAUCAUUUUUCCUGUUGCCUUUGUCGUUUGCAGGUCACUAGAAGGACUGAAAACAUUCAGUUACUUGGAAGAGCUGAUCUUGGACAACAAUCUACUCGGAAAUGACCUUCUGUUACCCAAGUUACCUCACCUCCAUACCUUAACGCUCAACAAGAACCAAAUAACAGAAUUAGAAAGCCUUUUGGACCAUUUGGCUGAAGUUGUGCCUUCACUACAGUAUCUCAGUUUGCUUGGAAACAUUGCUUGCCCAAAUGAAUUGGUCUGCAAAGAAAAGGAUGAAGAUGACUACCAGAGGUACAGAUAUUUUGUCCUGCACAAAUUGACAAACCUGAAAUUUCUCGAUACUCGGAAAGUAACCACGAGGGAGAGAGAGGAAGCCUUGGUAAGAGGUGCCUUCAUGAAAGUGGUUAAGCCCAAGGAUGCUAAG